AACUAACCAACGUAAAGCAGCGUUGGUAGAGAAAAGGCAAAUCACAAUGAGAUCUUCCUCUAGGAUGGGGCCUUCAGCCCAUCCCAUUUACGCUCUCGGCGUUAUCAUCAUGGCAACAAUGGUUGCAGCGUAUGAACCACUCACGUAUAGCUUGCCUCCUCUCCCAUCGUAUUCACCAUCUCCGAAGGUAGAAUACAGUACUCCCCCCCUGCCGAAUGUCUACAAUUCUCCAUCACCACCACCAUACUACUCUCCAUCGCCAAAGGUAGACUAUAAGUCUCCUCCACCACCAUAUGUCUACAGUUCCCCACCACCACCACCAUAUUACUCACCAUCACCAAAGGUUGAGUACAAGUCUCCGCCACCACCAUAUGUUUACAGUUCCCCACCACCACCACCAUAUUAUUCACCAUCUCCUAAGGUUGUGUACAAAUCUCCUCCACCACCAUAUGUUUACAGUUCUCCUCCACCACCAUACUAUUCACCUUCUCCAAAGGUACACUACAAGUCUCCUCCACCACCAUAUGUCUACAGUUCCCCACCACCACCGCCAUAUUACUCACCAUCACCUAAGGUUGAAUACAAGUCUCCUCCUCCACCAUAUGUCUACAGUUCUCCACCACCACCAUAUUAUUCACCAACUCCUAAGGUUGUAUACAAAUUUCCUCCACCACCAUAUGUUUACAGUUCACCUCCACCACCAUAUUAUUCACCUUCUCCGAAAGUACACUACAAGUCUCCUCCACCACCAUAUGUUUACAGUUCUCCACCACCACCAUACCACUCACCUUCCCCUAAAGUACACUACAAAUCUCCUCCACCACCAUAUGUCUACAGCUCUCCACCACCACCAUACUACUCACCAUCUCCUAAAGUUCACUACAAAUCGCCACCACACCCACAUGUGUGUGUAUGUCCACCACCUCCUCCAUGCUAUUCCCCUUCACCAAAAAUAAUAUACAAAUCUCCUCCACCACCAUAUGUCUACAACUCUCCACCACCACCAUACUAUUCACCUUCUCCUAAGGUGUACUAUAAGUCUCCACCACCACCAUAUGUUUACAGUUCUCCACCACCACCAUACUACUCACCAUCUCCUAAGGUAGAGUACAAGUCUCCUCCACCACCAUAUGUCUACAGCUCCCCACCACCACCAUACUAUUCACCAUCUCCUAAAGUUGAAUACAAAUCUCCUCCACCACCGUACGUCUACAGCUCUCCUCCACCACCACCAUACUACUCACCAUCUCCUAAGGUAGAGUACAAGUCUCCUCCACCACCAUAUGUCUACAGCUCCCCACCACCACCAUACUAUUCACCAUCUCCUAAAGUUGAAUACAAAUCUCCUCCACCACCGUACGUCUACAGCUCUCCUCCACCACCACCAUACUACUCACCAUCUCCUAAGGUAGAGUACAAGUCUCCUCCACCACCAUAUGCCUACAGUUCCCCACCACCACCUUAUUAUUCCCCUUCUCCAAAAGUUGAGUACAAAUCUCCACCACCAUCACCUUCGUAUUACUGAAAAUCAGUAAAUGUGUUUCUUAAAUAAAUAUCCAGUUUUAUUUGAGUUUAUGUUUCUUUUACUCUUUAUCUAAAAUGCAGUCAAUUUCAGUUUUCCUGGGAAUGUUGUUUACAAUCCCUUCGUAUGUUUUAUGUUUUCCCUUUAUUUGAUUUUUGCAACGAUCGCUUUGCGGUCUAUUUGUAACCUUUUGCAAAUUGUGUUAUGUAUUGUGUAUUCUUGACAUGGUACUUCUGGAUACCUAUAUAAUCCUAUUAACAUGA